AUUCCCCUCGGGUCUUCACUUUGAGUCAUUUAGAAGACGAGCGUGCAUCCCCGUUGUAAUUGUUUUGUGCCGAGUGAAUGGCUGGUUCAGUUGGAGGGAACGCGAGCUCGAACGCGGGUGUGGAGUGGCACGUGCGUCCUCCAAACCCUAAGAACCCCAUCGUCUUCUUCAAUGUCACCAUCGGUAACAUUCCCGCCGGUCGAAUCAAGAUGGAGCUCUUCGCCGACAUUGCGCCCAAAACCGCCGAGAAUUUCAGGCAGCUUUGCACUGGGGAGUACAGGAAAGCAGGACUUCCUGUUGGUUACAAGGGUUGUCAAUUUCAUAGAGUUAUUAAGGAUUUUAUGAUUCAGGCCGGUGAUUUUGUAAAGGGUGAUGGUAGUGGAUGUGUUUCCAUCUAUGGACUCAAGUUUGAUGAUGAAAACUUCACCGCCAAACACACUGGCCCUGGCCUUCUGUCAAUGGCAAAUAGCGGGCCAAAUACCAAUGGUUGUCAGUUCUUUAUAACAUGCGCAAAAUGUGACUGGCUUGACAAUAAGCAUGUCGUUUUUGGGAGAGUGCUAGGAGAUGGUCUUUUGGUUGUCAGGAAGAUUGAGAAUGUAGCAACAGGACCCAAUAACCGACCAAAAUUAGCUUGUGUCAUUGCUGAGUGUGGUGAAAUGUAACUUUUAAAGCAAAUUCACUAACAAACAAUAGUUAUCUAAGCAAAGUUGAUUGAAUCCCUCCGCAGCAACUGCACUUACUAUACAGAUGUGAGCUUUCUACACAAAUAUUUCUAUGGCUUGAAACUAAACAUAUAAGGGAUUUUUCUGUAAGGCUGGAUAAUAUAUCAUGACUUAGUUGAAUAGCCAGCUAAUUGAAUGAUCAUGCUUCGGAAUGGUAGAAUAUAUUACUAUGAUGAAUCCUUUUUUCCCAAAAUCAUCAAGCACAUGCAGUUG